AUGACGAGUAACAAUCCCCUCAAUGUCUAUAGGGGUCCUAACUCGGUCCGAGACUACUUUGAUCCGGACUCGUCUCCCCCUUUACCACUAGUGGAGCUACCAGAUAAGCUCAACCCAUACAGAGGCGAUGGCGUGAGGAUAUAUGCCAAGAUGAUGACUAUGCAUCCAGCCAACAAUGUGAAGGCCAUGCCGGCCUUAAACCUCCUCGAGAAGAAUGUGGUGCCAGGCAAGACAGAGACAGUCAUCGAGUAUAGCUCGGGCUCAACCGUCAUAUCGAUGUCUCUUGUGUCUCGAGUAUACCAUGGCGUCACAGAUGUUCGUGCGUUCCUCAGCAACAAAACAAGUGUCGCUAAGCUGCGGUUGAUGCAGUUUUUUGGCCUCGACAUCACUCUCUUUGGUGGGCCAUCCCAACCAGAGCCCACAGAUGAGCGUGGCGGGAUUAAAGCUGCGCAACGAAUGGCAGAAACCAAUGAGUCCAUCAUUAAUCCAGAUCAAUAUGGAAACGACGACAACUGGAAAUCCCAUGUCAGAUGGACAGGCCCUCAAAUCCUCAAACAAUUGCCAGAGAUCAACUUGAUCUGUGCUGGCAUGGGAACGUCUGGAACUAUCACAGGAUUAGGCACGUAUUUCAAGGAGGCCAAGCCCUCGGUCUUUCGUUUAGGAGUCUGCACAGCACCUGGCGAUAGAGUCCCAGGUCCUCGAUCAUUUGCUCUGCUUGCUCCUGUUGAGUUCCCUUGGAAAUCAGCAAUAGAUCAUAUUGAGGAAGUUGGCUCGCACGACUCAUUCUCAUUAUCGCUAGACUUAUGUCGCGAAGGAAUUGUAUGCGGGCCAUCUUCCGGUUUCAAUCUCCGAGGCCUUUUCCAAUUCAUCGAGAAGCACAAGACUGUCGGGACGCUUCGGGAUCUUGCAGGUGCGGGUGAUGAGAUACACUGCGUUUUCCUUUGCUGCGACCUGCCUUAUCAGUACAUCAACGAAUACUUUGACAAGCUGGGAAAUGGUUAUUUCCCGUCCAUUAAGAAUGAGGCAUUAACCAAGGUCGACCUUUACCGUUACGAUGAGGCUUGGGAGAAGGAUGCUACCAUCGCCCUUCCAUUGUUUCUAGACGUAAGAGUACCAUCUCGGGAGGGACCCACAGCGCACGAGAAGGGGUUUGGCGGUGCGGUAAAGCUCAAGAGCGGUGUCGCUAUCAUCGACCUCCGACAAGCCAUCGAUUUCGAGAAAUUCAGCCUCCCUGAUUCGAUCAACUUACCAUUCGCCGACCAAUCAAGACCGAGUCCGUUCUUUGACCCAUCAGUUUUGGAGUCGCUGUGGCGAAAGUUGGAUAAUCAUUUUACGACGCCGCGCGACGAGUUGCUUCCGCUAGUGCAGAGAAAGCAAAUCCUACUGCUAUGUUACGACGGUGAUAGUUCUCGUGUGGCGACCAGCGUGCUUCGUGCCAAGGGGUACGAGGCAGUUAGCAUACGUGGUGGCUUCCGAGCGCUCGGAGAGCUUGAUGCAGGCGUAGCGAACGGAGAAUUUGUGACGGACAGCAACAAGGCAGGCAUGGCGGUAAUGCGUGAGGUUGAACUUACGACGCCUUCGUGACAUGAUGGCUAGGGUUUGACGCUGUGGCGUUGAGGGUACAUACCGACAUUUUAAACGGAUUAAAGAUCAAGGGAUGGGAUGGACGGGAUUUGCGUUAAAUUGUUUACCUGCAAGCUAUAUUCCAGUACAUAAGAGCACGAGAGUCUACACAGUUCGAUCAAGUUAAGGGAUACUGUGAUUGCUUAUGUAGGUAUGUAUGGAGGUAUUUGUGGGUUCAAGAAGAUACCAGGCUGAUAACUACAUAUUAUACCAAGGUAUGC